AUGCAGAGAAGACACAGCAGCCUGACAGAUAAUCCUCCUCCAGAGAGGAGUCGAAGCCAAAACUUGAGCUCUGACACCAGUAUGGAAGAUGGUGUGUUUAAUGGAUUAAAGCAAGACCCACCGUCAUCUCAGCAUCUCUUCUCAAGUCUAGCUGGUCUUCAGCCUGGGCCAAUCACAGUGCAGUCUGGUUUAGUACUGGGAUCCUCAGCAGGAGGGGGUGACGUAUUUAUACAAAUGUCUCCACCACUCAGAGAGGAAGCAAGUGGUCGCUCUGAAACCAGCAAACAGCAGCCACAGCCACCAGCCCACCACCAACAGCAUCACUUUCAACAUUCACAUUCCCGGUCAUCACUUCUGCAUGCAGCUGCUGGAGAACGUCACCGAGAGGAGAACAAUGAGGAACCAGGCACACCAGCACCAGCCUUGUCUGAACUUAGGGCCAUUGUCUCAUGGUUACAGAAAGGGCUUCCUUUCAUUCUAAUCCUACUAGCCAAAGUCUGCUUUCAACAUAAGCUUGGAAUAGCUGUUUGCAUCGGAAUGGCCAGUACUUUUGCCUAUGCUAAUUCUUCUGUCAAACACCAGGUGUCCCUAAAGGAGAAGCGCUCUGUUGUGACAGUGUUUUGGAUUAUUGUAUUCUUGAUGGGGAACACAUUUUACCUCCUAUAUAGCUUUCGGUCCCAGCAGCUGUAUUACAGUCUUAUCUUCCUGAAACCCAAUUUGGAGGGCUUGGAUUUCUUUGAGCUCAUGUGGAUAGUUGGCAUCUCGGACUUUGUUCUGAAAUACAUAACGGUAUCCUUAAAGUGUCUGAUCCUCGCUCUUCCUAGGAUUGUCAUAGCGGUGAAAUCCAAGGUAAAUGUAGAGCCUAAUAAUAUGUUUUGUGUACAUGACUCCAGUUCAUAA